AUGUCAAUACUCAAAAGUUUUACUUCUCAAUUAUUUAAUAUUUCAAAUAGUGUCGGGGGAAAUUAUUAUAACAAUGUUUGCGAUACUAAUCCUAAUCAGUUGGAGACCAUACAACAAUCUAAUACUUCCAAAUGUAUUUCAUCUGGUACAAUUGUGAAAGGGGAUAUUAAAAAACCAAUAAGUUCCAAAAUUUAUGUGGAAUCACCUAAUUGUACUCUCUUUGAUAUUCCACAAUCUUCAAUUGGCUCUUUAUUCAGUGCAACAUUUUCUUUGAUAGUAAACUCCAAAGAAACAAUUGAAAUUAAUGUGGUUACUGUAGAAUUAGUUCAGCAUAUAAUUAUUCAACAAUCAUUAUCACCAACAUGUAAAUUUUGUAAGAAUAGUUUAGGUUCUAUUAAAAAGAUAAAAGAAUGGAAUUUGCUUAUACAACCAAGUAGCUUUAAGAAAGGGGAACAUAAGAUUCCAUUUUCUUGUCAUAUUGAAGGUAGUUUACCUGCCACCUCAAGGAUUGGUACAAGUCAACAAACGAAUAUUACUUAUGAAUUAUUGACUACAAUUAAAUACCAUCUUAAAUCAUCAGCUUUAAAAAGGGAAAGAAUAUAUACUGAUGUAGUUCCUUUCGAAAUAUCAAGAAUCUUUAGAAAUAAUAGACCAAAACUUUCUCAGCGGACGUUUGAACCAACAACUACUCUCCUUGAAGGUUAUUUACCUGAAACGGUUUUUGUUAACACUAAAAACUUUGUGAAACUUAUAAUUAGGAAUAUAAAUAAAGAUUUGCCAAAUAAACGAUGGUCUAUUAAGAACAUAAAUUGUUACCUAUUUGAAAUAGUACGGUAUGAAUCAAUAUAUUGUAGUACUCAUGACAGAGAGAAAUUAUUUAAAAAAUUAUUAAAACAAACAAAAGAACAAGGAAGAUCUUCUAUAUUUGAAAAAAUUCAACCAAAUAAAUCAACCUCAGUAUCAUAUUUUGAAAGAACAGAUAUAGAGAAUAUUGAUCAAACUAAGGAUCAAAAGGUUAUAACAGAACAAUCGUAUCAAAUUCUUAAAGUUGAUAUUGAUCAAAAAAAUAUUACAAGAAAGUUUAUUGAAAAUAAUGAUAUUGAAGCUACUUUUAAAAUUGACCAUUCUGGCUUACAGAGUACAAUAUAUUCCACAGAUUUACAUACAUCAAAUAUGUCCGUUAAACACAAGGUCAUGAUGGAAAUUACAUUGUUUGAAGAAGAAAUAUCAUAUGAGAGAAUUCCUUAUAAGAAACCAAUUAAACCAAAACCAGAAGUUUUAAAAAGUUUGGAAAAAGAAUCCCUUAUUACCAAGAAUACUGAAUCUGUUGCUUCAACAGAAGAAUCAGAUGAGACGGAUGACAAGCAAACACAAACAAAACGUUUAUGUGCUGACAAAACAGGGCAAAUGCAAAAAUUAAAAACAACAUUUAAGUUAGUUCUUAGUGAGACGCCAAAAGAUGACUUUUAUCUUUCAUGGGAAGAAGAUAUUCCUCCAAUAUAUGAAUGUAUUAAUGACAUAGAUGGGACUCCACCUAGAUACAUUGUGGCAUGA